AUGGCACCGAAGAAUCAAAUGGCUAGGGAAAUUGAAGAGUUGAAGCAAGCCCUUGAAAGAGAGAAGAGGGAAAAGAGAGAACUUGAAGCAGCAAGAGAAAGAGAGAGAAGGGAGAGAGUGCAACUAUCUGCAAGGAUAGAAGCCUUAGAGAAGGAAAGAGAAAAACCUAGGGUGGAUGAAAACAAUGAGCAUCUUGACGCACAUAAUGAAGGAAGUGGGCAUGAAGAGCAUAGGGAAGAGAUAGUAGACCCUGAAGAGAAGAGGUUGGUAAGACUACUAAAGGCAGUACAAGGUGGAGUAAUGAAAGGACAUGUUGAUUUACCUAUUUACAAAGGAAGAAUGGAUAGUGAGGAAGUGCUAGGGUGGAUAGAGGCCUUAGAAAACAACUUUGAGUUGGAAGACACAGAUGAUGACAAGAAGGUGAAAUUUGCAAAGGCUGAGAGGAUAGCGAGAGGAUUGAAUAAGAUUACAAGUUGGGAAAGGAUGAAAGAAAUGAUGAAGGCACAAUUUCUACCAUCUCAUUUUGCUAUACAAACAAAGAGGAUGAGACAAAACUUGACACAAAGAGACAUGGAUGUGAUGACAUACACAGAGCAAUUUCAUAAACUGAGCAUUAGAGGAGGAGUAGAGGAUGAAGAUGAAAAGGUAGCAAGGUAUUUGAAUGGGCUGAGAUAUAAUUUGCAAGAUGAGAUUGGGUUGAAUGUUCCACAAACAUUGGGAGAUUGUUUUCAACUUGCAAUAAGGGCUGAGGAGAAGUUGAAAAGAAAACAAGAGAGGCAAGGAGGCACAAGAGGCAGAGGAUCCAUGAGAGGAAGAGGAGGAAGGUCUACAAAUGAAUCACAAGGACAAGACAAUAAGGACAAAGAGUCUACAUCAGAACAAAGAGGUGGUUAUAGUUAUAGAGGAGGAGGUAGAUUUGGUAGUGGAAGAGGAUCACAUGUAUUCACAGGUAGGUGUUACCAUUGUAAUGAAGUUGGACAUCCAUCUUUCAAAUGUCCUAAAUGGGAUGAAGCUGAUAGAGGCAAAGAUAGAAGAGUUCAUUUGACAUGUGAAGAAGAAGACAAGAAAGAAGACAAAGAACCAUUGAAAGCCUAUCCUAUAACAGAGGGAGAUUUUCUUAUGAUCAGAAGAGGUAAAUUGCAGCAGCAAACAUCAAAUCAGGUUUUGUGUGAUGUUAUACCUAUGACUUGUGGACAUAUAAUUUUGGGUAGACAAUGGCAAUACUUGAGGAGGACAAUCCAUGAUGGAUAUACAAAUACAUACUUGGUGCAUAAGGGUAGUAAGAGAUAUUGUUUAACACCUUUGCCUUGUAAGGAGAAGAAUGAACGUAAUGUAAUCUAUUUUGGAGACAAAAUUAGGAUGUGUGUGCAGGGUAGUGAGGUCAAGGAUACUAGUUGGAUGAAUCAAACUAAGUUGCAGCAGAACAACAGUCCUAAGGAGCAGCAAGAUUGGGACUUUAAGAGCAUAAAAGUUGGGGAGAUUGAUUGUCCUAUGAUUGAGCAGAGAGAUGUGGUUAAACCUUUGAAUUUGCAUAUGGUAUCAAAUCAGAACAGUGAUAUGAGGAGGCAAGAAGAGGUGAAGACACAAGGUCCUAGACAAGGGACUUAA